AUGUACGUGUCGCUUGUGCUUUCGACGAUUCUUAUUUUUUAUGUUCAUGGUGGUUUUGCCGUUGAUUGCCCAAAAUCAUCGGCUCAAUGGUGUGAAAAUGCAAAUAUUGCACAAGCUUGCGGAGUAACUGAACAAUGUAAUAAAUAUGUUUGGAAAAUUCGUGAUGACAAUGAUCGUGUCAAUUUAACUGUUUACUAUGAAACACUUUGUCCAGAUUGUCGACAAUUUAUUUCAACUCAAGUUUGGAAUGCCUAUCAAUCGAUUCUUAGUAUUCUUAAUAUUAGCUUUGUUCCAUAUGGAAAUGCACAUGAAGUUUAUCAACCGGAGACAAAAUUAUAUCAAUUCUAUUGUCAACAUGGUGCCGAUGAAUGUUUUGGAAAUUUAAUUCACAGUUGUCUUAUAUUCAUAUAUCGAAAUACAACUCAACAUUUACCAUUUAUUUAUUGUACAGAAUCGACAGAGGGCGAUGUUGAAACAGUAGCUGUACAAUGUGCUGAAAAGACUUCGAUCGACUAUAGUAAAGUUAGCGCUUGUGUUCAAAGUCGAUUGGGUAAUCAAUUACAACAUUUGAAUGCCGUUCAAACAGAUAGUCUUCAACCACAACAUCAAUAUGUACCUUGGGUAACAGUCAACGGUGUGCAUACGGAAGAUAUGGAACAACAAGCUGAAAAAGAUCUUGUCGGUCUUAUAUGCAAAACAUACAAAGGUUCAAAUCCACCAGCUAAAUGCCAAAAAUACCUGUGA